AUGAAUCUCACAAACACAAUUCUUCCUCUGCAGGACUCCUCUAAACGAUGGGAUAUCCAGAUACAAGAUGGAGUGGUAGUCUCCAUGCGGCCAUCCAACAAUUCGACUCUACAGCCAAGCAUACUGCUACCUUCUCUCUGCCAUCCGCAUAUCCAUCUGGAUAAGCCAUACCUUUUGACUUGCAAUCAUCCGUCUUCAAAUCACCCGGACUAUUCAGAUCUUGCCCCAAAGACCGGCAGCUUUGGUGAAGCUUUGACCAAUACAUCAGAAGCAAAGAAACGAUACACGCCGGAGGACUUAUACUUGCGAGGAUCUCAACUACUCGCUACGAGUUACACGCAAGGUGUUACCUGUAUGAGAGCCUUUGUUGAAUUGGACCAUGUCACCAAGCUACAGCCAUUGAAGACAGCUAUUCAACUGAAGGAGGAGUUCGCGGACUUUGUAGAUGUACAAAUUUGCGCUUUUGCUCAAGAUCCGAUAUUCUCAACUGAGCACGGAGAUGAGAAUCGGUCUAUCAUUGAAGAAGCCCUUGAGGAAUACGGAUCUUCGAUUGAAGUAAUUGGGACAACACCAUAUGUAGAGACAGACGACCAAGCACAAAAGAAGAACAUACAAUGGGCCAUCCAAACCGCCCUGGCGCAUCACAAAAACCUCGAUUUUCACGUUGAAUUCAACCUAAAUGGAGGAAAUCCGAUGGAACAAUUCAAUCAUCUUGUUGAUGAGCUUGUUGCCAAUUCCUGGCCUACACAUCCCGGCGCGCCUACAGUUGUUCUUGGACACGCCACGAGGCUAACUCUCGCAUCUCAUACUGAGUUGACUCAAUUUUCAGAAAGACUGAGAGAGACCAAACUGCCCAUACACUUUGUUGGGCUUCCAACAAGCGACCUCUUCAUGAUGGGAAGACCUGGUUCUGAUGAAAACUCGGAGCAAAAAGCACCACUCAGUCGUCAAUGUGGAACUCUCCAUGUGCCGAAAAUGAUUCAAGAUUAUGGGUUGAAUGCUUGUUUGUCUGUCAACAACGUCGGAAACGCAUUCACACCAUAUGGUAACGGAGACCCAAUUGGUAUAGCCAGCUGGGGUGUUGGAAUCUUUCAUGCCGGAACAGGAGACGACGGAGCGCUGCUCUAUGAGGCUGUUAGUACACGCGCAAUGGAUGCCAUUCGGCCUUCAAACAUUGACUACAGAGAGAAGUGCUUGAUGGAAGAGGGAAAGCAAAUUGUUCCAAUGCUUUUGAUCAAGAAUGAAGAGAGCGUGGAAAUCAAUUCGUCAGGGCGUAUACUACAGGUCCCAUCCCGACAAAGGCUUUCAAUUAAGGACAUCGUCUGGGAUCCUCCAGAGACACGACUCAGAAGGGUUAUCAGGUGA